CACCCACACCCACACCCACACCCACACCCACACCCACACCCACACCCACAUGCACACCCACACCCCACCCACACCCUUUUCUCCUACUGCAUCGUUCACAUAUUCUCUAUUAAAAAUUUCCACAGACAAUAUAGCGAUACAUAAUUUGAUGAAUUUUUCUAAAAGAUUGAAUUAACAUUCUAAAUCUUGUAGUCAUUGUAAAUUUUUCUUUGAAGGUGAACAUGAAAAUCUGAAACGAUUGCAAGGAGAUUUGAAUAAUAGAGAAAAAGCCAUAAAUCGAGAAAAGACUCAUCAGAAUGAAUUACUUCAAGCCGAACUGAAAACAGUCGAUGAUUUGAAGAUUGAAAUCCAGACUAAAAAGGACAGUCUGAAAGAUUUGAACGACCAAUUGAAUAUGAAGAAAGACGAUUUGAAGAAUAUUGCUGUAGAGACUGAAAGAUUGAGAGCAGAAAAAGUUACUCUUAAUGGAGAGCUUCAACAAACAAAAGAUGAUUUGAACAAGACGGAAGGUGAACAUCGUGAAACACGUCGAAAAUAUGAAACUCAAAAGAACAAAGUCGAAACUCUACGUCAAAAUGCUGAAAUGUUACAUAGACGAAAUGAACGAUUAUCAAUCAAUGAACAACACAUAAAAGAAAGAUCAAAUCAAAAGAUCGCACAAGUUGACAAAAACACAGUUGCAACGAAUGAAAUCAAAGGCAAAAUCAAUGCUGAACGCCUACGACUUGAUAAUGGACAAAGAACGAUUGAAACGGCGAAAAAGGAUUUAAUAACGAUAAAGACAAAAGUUGAAUGUUUAGAUGCAGAAAUUGUCAGCAAACAAACAAGAUUCAAUGAAAUGAAAGAAGAACUCAAUCGAUUUCAUGCAGAUGUCGAUACAAAUGAGGAUCAGAAAGCAGCCAAUUAUAAACGACUUGAACAAAUCGAAAAGAAUCUAACAGGAUUAAUGCAACAUCAAUGUGAAUUACAGAAAGGGCAUGCCACAAAAAUUCACAAUAUUGCUCAGUCAAAGCAAUCCGUCAAGCAGACAGUAAUCAACACAAAUACUUUAUUGAAUAAACAAAAAAACAAACAACAAUCAGAUUAA